AUGAAGGAUGUUAUAACUCGUCUCACAGACACAGAUCGCAAUAAUAUGUUGCAUUUAGUUGGUAAGAAUAGAGUGAAAAAUCGACUUGAGGAUGUCUCAGGAGUAGCUUUUCAAAUGCAACGUGAAUUACAAUGGUUCAAGAAGGUAGAGUCUAUGAUUCCUCCUUUUUAUAGAAAAGAGAAGAACAAUGAUGGGUUAACACCACUUGAAUUAUUCACCGAAAGCCAUAAAGAUCUAGUGUCAAAAGGUGAGGAAUGGAUGAAAGGAACAGCUAGUCAAUGCAUGGUGGUUGCUGCACUUAUAGCCACUAUCGUGUUUGCAGUUGCUUUUACAAUUCCAGGUGGUUACAACCAAAGUGAUGGCUUUCCUAUGUUUCGCAAAAAUGGGGUCUUCAUAGCGUUUGUCAUAGUGGAUGCCAUUUCUUUAAUCUUAUCUUCGACUUCAAUUCUUGUGUUCUUAUCAAUCCUCACAUCUCGUUAUGCUCAACAAGAUUUCUUGAAAUCAUUACCCAAAAAAUUAUUGAUAGGUUUAGGAACACUUUUCCUAUCAAUAAUGACCAUAAUGGUCGCUUUUAGCAUCAGCUUCUUCUUGCUAUAUGAAGAGAAGUUAAUCACGGUUGCAAUUCCAAUUAGCGUUUUUGCUUUUAUACCUAUCAUUUCAUAUGCUACACUACAUUAUCAUCUUUUGAUGGAUUCGUUUCACUCAACCAUUAGUUCAAGACAUCUCUUUAAGCCACAGAGACGACUUUUUUCAUAUGAGAAUCCCAGAUUGUAA